GCCUGGUUUGUCGUGCUUGGACUCUUCCCGCUAUUUUGUAGCUCACUAGCUAGCUAGCUACUCAGCUAGCUGUUGUCGAUUCCUGUCUAGCUCAAUGGGAAGAGGCCGCCUACCUUCAUGCAAUAACAACACACUCGGAGAGCGUUAGCUAACUUCCACUAAAGCUAAGCUAAGCUAACGCUGGCUACCACACCUUCGACGGCUGCCGCGGUUGCUUUCUCGUAAUCUAUAAAAUUGAAAUAACGUCGACUUUCAAACAAUAACUUCAAUUUACGUUAUACCAGUCCAGUGUUAGCUUGGUUGCUAACAGUAAAGCUGAUCAGAGGCUGCCACGGCGCUGGUCACCGUCCAGCCACAAACACACACCUGGCUCUCUCUGCCAGACACAGAAUGUCUAAAAGUGAACCAGAAGAGAUGAUAGAGAUCGAGAUUGAUGAACGGGAGAAACAGGCAUGCCUGGAGGAAGGUGUUGAGGAGCAGAACAUCACUGCUUCAGAUUUGAUCCAGCAAGAUAUCGACAUUAAUGAGCCGGUUGGCAAUUUGAAGAAGCUUUUGGAGCCUCGUAUCCAAAUAUCACUGGAUGCAUAUGAUAUCUGCCUGCAGGACAUUCAGCUUCAUCCCGAUCAUAGCCUCUUCGAUCAGGGAGUAAAGACAGAUGGUACAGUGCAACUCAGCCUGCAGAUUAUAACCAAACCAGGUGAAGAGAAAUUGAACAUUUUGGAGAUUGUGAAGCCAGUAGAAACAGUAGAGGUGGUGAUUGAUCCCGAUGCAGCAGGAGAGGAGGGAGCUCUGGUAGAGGAGGGUCAGCUCAUUGCUGUGGAGAGAUCUGGCCUGUCUGAUGAGACCUCAGAGCAGGUUACACGCUGGGCCGCAGCACUUGAAGGCUACCGCAAAGAGCAGGUUCGCCUGGGCAUACCAUAUGACCCUGUGCUCUGGACAGCUGACCAGGUCAUCCACUGGGCUGUGUGGGUAAUGAAGGAGUUUAACAUUGAUGAGAUGGAAAUUGGCAGCAUUCACAUUCCAGGUCGAGAGCUCUGUGCAUUUAGCCAGGAACAGUUCCUUCUCAAAGUGCCCAAUGGAGAGAUACUCUGGAGUCACCUGGAACUCUUACGCAAAUAUGUUUUGGCAAGCCAGGACCAGUCUGGAGGAGAUGCAACUGUCACCAUUGAUCAGCCUGUGCAGAUAAUUCCAGCUCAAGUGAGCACACCCACUACCAUAAAGGUACUGAAGCAGAGCCGAGGCCCCAGAGCUCCUCGUAUUUCAGGUGGAGAGGAGCGCAGUUCUCCUGGCAACCGCACAGGCAACAAUGGUCAGAUCCAGUUGUGGCAGUUCCUGCUGGAGCUGCUGACGGACAAGGAUGCAAGAGACUGCAUCUCCUGGGUGGGCGAGGAGGGGGAGUUCAAACUCAACCAACCAGAACUUGUUGCACAGAAAUGGGGCCAGCGCAAGAACAAACCCACUAUGAACUAUGAGAAACUCAGCAGAGCUCUCAGGUAUUAUUACGACGGGGACAUGAUCAGCAAGGUGCAGGGCAAGCGCUUUGUCUACAAGUUUGUGUGCGAUCUGAGAACUCUGAUUGGCUAUAGUGCGGCUGAGCUCAACAACCUGGUGACCGAGUGUGAACAGAAGAAACUGGCUCGCAUGCAGAUGCACGGCAUCGGUCAGCCCAUCACUACAGUGACCCUGGCCACCACAACACUAGACAAAGACAGCUGAAGGACGCCGGAAAUACAGCACCGCUUUGCUUUCCACCACUGAUCGGAAAUCAAAUCAGCUUUCUUCUUUAUUUGACACAACUGUCAAUGGAAGGGCUGAUACCCAGUCACUGAUGAUUAACAACUUUGUUACUGCAUUUACAGUUUGAUCUAAGUUAGACAGAGGCAGGUAAAACUUCUCUAUAGCUUUUCUUUAACUCUAACCAAGAAGAGAAGCGUGUUCAGGAUGAGGGUGAAUGUCUGUGUGAUUGCUGAGUGCACGUGACUGAAUGCUUGGAUGUGUGAAAAUCCAGUAAUCGGCUUUGUGUAGUGCGAUUCUUGUCUGUAGUUUAGGAUAAUUGCCACUGUAUAUACCGGUACUCCAUGUUUUUGAUAGACACAAGGACAAGCGUAUUUUCAUAUUAUCCAUUUAUAGAGGACUUGUUUUGUAUUUUAUUUAGUGUUUGUUCCCUGAAUUGUUGGACCUUUUCUGUCCACUAGGGGGAAUAAAGUUGCAAGCAUUUUUCUUAA